AUUAUUUAGGUGUUGAAAAAAGUCAGUAGACUAUGAAUGAAUUGCUCAAGUAAAGUAAGUAACAAGAAACAAGUUAGUGAGACAAGUGAAAAAUGUUGUGAUCUAAGGGGAUGCCUUUGAUUGCAAAACAGUGAUGUUGUCAAAGGACUAAUCAUAAAAUGGAGACAAAUGCUAAGGAAGGAAAAAUAUGCAUUAAAUUUUAAGUUAUUAAAGUAAAAACAAAAAUAUAUAAUAGUGUUGUGAACUGAUUUAAGAGCUUGAUUUUAGUUUUUAGUUGACUGAAAUCUCCAUUUGGCAUAAGCUGAUACAUGGAAAAUAUACAUAAGUCACACACUAUGAAUAAGAAAGCAAGAGUCUGGCAGAUUUAGAGGAAUAUUUCCACCUUAUUUCUGAAUGACACGUUAAUGACCUCUGAGCGGGACGCGCCCAUAAAUCGGCAGGGUUGUUUUUAGCACCAUGGUCAGCGCCACAGUUGCUAUGUAGCUUCCCUGUGUUUGUGGUUUGUAUCCGCGAGUUGUGGAGGAAGCAGUUGCACCGAACCCUCCCUUAAAUCAUGAGCUAAAAGGUGUAGGAAGUGAAACUCGCAGCUUUGGCAAGAUUUUUAUUGUUACUCACGGCUUGUUAAGAAUUGAAAACAAUAUGUGCUGACUUAACAUGUACGCCAUACAGUCACCAAACGUCACGUUGGCACCAGGUUGAGAAUGCAAACUUCAGCACUUCAUACAGGCCCCCCCUCUCUCACAGGGAGAAUGGUUUAGCCCAUGGACUCGCUCCAGCACUCAUAGCACACAAGAGGACUACAAGAUACAGAUUUUUUUUGUCUGUCAACCAACGUCAGUUUACAGUAGUAACGCCGUUACACAACAUAAACACCAUUAUAGUGUUAAACAUUAUCUCGGGACUGGACGGGCUCUCUAAAGAGACCCUGGUGUGUCACUUAACGGCGGCUGUGUCGGUCGGAUGAGACCAGCAAAAGAGCUGCACUGCCAGUGCCUGGAAUAAAUAAGGCAUUCCUAUCCAUCCCUCUGUCCAUCCCUUCCCUCCCUCCCUCCUCUUGGGGCUGUAAAUAAGCUGGGGCUGUGUAGACCCUUGAGAGGCCCUUCCCCUCCCACUCUUCCCCACCACUGCUACCCCCCCGUCUAACUCCCCUGCCCACUCAGGCUCUGCUGCUGCUCUUUAUGUUGCUGAAAGGCGCCAGGGAGAUGCUCAGAUGAUCCAUUGGGCCAUCCUGAACCACAUCGUCCAUACACCCCGAGACAGGGAAGACUAACUACUGCGAGCGUGAGAGAGCCCUUGGAGGGUGCUGUGAGUACCCUGUGAGGCCCGCCCUCCCGCCAAGCCUGGCAGAAAGCUUGGCUUGCCCCUUCACUCCUCCAGCCCCUGAGAUGCCCUCCCCUCCCAAUGAAGGAGAGGAUCAAGGAGCGUCCCCCGUGAACGUGCCAUCUGUGGGCUCCUACCAGAGCAGUGGGAAGAGGAAGGUGCGCACCAAAAAGAAGAAAGGCACUAUCACCGCCAAUGUUGCUGGCACCAAAUAUGAGAUUGUUCGUAUAGUCAUCAGCGAGGUGGACUUCAUCAAGACCCGGGAAGAUGACGAGACUGCCAACCUCAUCUGGAAUGACUCGGCCGUGCAGCACGAGAAAAUCGCUGAGCUCAGGAAUUAUCAGAGAAUUAACCAUUUCCCUGGCAUGGGCGAAAUCUGCCGGAAAGACUGCCUAGCAAGAAAUAUGUCCAAAAUGAUCAAGUGCCAGCCUCAAGAGUACAGCUUCAUACCCAAAACCUGGAUCUUCCCCGCUGAGUACACUCAGUUCCAGAACUAUGUCAAGGAGCUACGCAGGAAACGCAAGCAGAAGACCUUUAUCGUCAAACCUGCCAACGGAGCCAUGGGUCACGGGAUCUCGCUUAUCCGUAACUGUGAGAAGCUGCCAGCCCAGGAGCACUUUAUCGUUCAGGAGUACCUGGACAAGCCCUUCCUGAUGGAGGGCUACAAGUUUGACCUGCGCAUCUACAUCCUGGUCACUUCAUGCGAUCCGCUUCGCAUUUUUCUCUACAACGACGGCCUGGUUCGCAUGGGCACCGAGAAAUACCACGCACCCAGUGAGGCCAACCUGAGCCAGCUCUACAUGCAUCUGACCAACUACUCAGUCAACAAACACAAUGAGAACUUUGAGCGAGACGAGACGGUGGAUAAAGGCAGCAAGAGGUCCAUCAGGUGGUUCACCGAGUUCCUCCGCACCAACGACUACGAUGUGGCCAAGUUCUGGGGAGACAUCUCGGAGCUGGUGGUGAAGACGUUGAUAGUGGCUGAACCCCACGUGCUGCACGCCUAUCGCAUGUGUCGCCCCGGCCAGCCACCAGGGAGCGACAGCGUCUGCUUUGAGGUCCUGGGCUUUGACAUCAUCCUGGACCGCAAACUCAAACCCUGGCUACUGGAGAUCAAUCGAGCUCCGAGCUUUGGGACCGAUCAGAAGAUUGAUUACGACGUGAAGAAAGGGGUGCUGCUCAAUUCUUUGAAACUCCUCAACAUUCGAGCCAGCGAUAAGAAACGCAACCUGGCCCAGCAAAAGGCCGAGGCUCAGCGACGACUCUACGGACAUGGCUCGAUGAAGAAACUCUCGGCCGCUUCCUCAGACUGGGAGAAACAACGUCACACACUGGAGCGUAGGAGAGAAGAGCUGAAAGAGCGACUGGCACAGGUCCGCAAGCAGAUCUCCAGGGAGGAGCAUGAAAAGCAACAUCUGGGGAACUACAGACGUAUUUACCCCCCAGACGACAAGCUGCUGUUGGAGAAGUAUGAAAGCCUGCUCUCGGCCGCCUUUCAGACCUUCCUCGCCGGGCGAGCUGCCUCACUUCAAAAGGAAAUGAAUAAUCCUCUGAAACGAAUGAAGGAGGAGGACAUCUUGGAUCUGCUGGAGCAAUGCGAGCUGGACGACGAGAAGCUGAUGGGCAAAUCCUCUAGGCAAAGAGGCCCUAAGCCCAUGACCGCCAUGCCAGAAUGCAGCCAGACACCGAGACGUCAACGACCGGACUACCUGGCUGACUUCACCAGCGGCAGCAGCGCCGAUAAUUCCUGCUCCUCCUCAGACGAAGAAGAGGAGGAGAGGAGGAAAGUAGGAGGAGGAGGAGAAGGAAGAAGUGGGGAGAAGAGGGAGAAGAAAGUUUCCUACGACCUUGGGGAGAGCAAGGACAAGAACUUGGCUGAGCGCUCAGGUCGCAUACACUGGAAACCUCCAAUCAAGUCACUCAAAACCAGCCCUGCCUCCUCUGCUUCCCCGACACUCUCCGGUCCAAUCAGGCGCUCUAUCUCCUGCCCUCGCUCCAUUGCCUCCCUCUCAUCGCCCAGUGAGGUGAGGGCACUGUCCACCAGGCCUUCUCCCACGGUUCCCAUGGCCACUCCCCUCGUCAGGCCGAGCUCCGCCACGCUGCGCUCUCACUCGCUGAGCCGCAGUGGCUCCGCCCACCGUGUUCCUCACAGCAAUAGCUUGGGGACCAUCCACUCCAACAUAGGAGAUCCGCUGAUAAACCUGAGGAGUAAAGAGCAGGAGGCCGAGCUGGUGCGUCAGACCCUGGCCGCGCUCACCGCCAUGAGGAUCAGGUUUCCGGGCAAAACCGAGGAAGAGGCCGAGGCUGUGUUGGAUGAGAUUCUUGACAACUGGAAAUACCAUAAAUCAAAGGUGGCCUCCUAUUGGCUGGUGAAGCUGGACUCUACCAAACAACGGAAGGUGUUGGACAUCGUAAGGACCAAUGUACGCUCAGCGCUGCAACGAAUCUGGAGGGAGCCGGACGUAGAGAGUCUCCACCUCUACCGGCUCUUUAACCGCGUCUUCAACCGGCUGCUCUGGAGUCAUGGACAGGGCCUGUGGAACUGCUUCUCCAACACUGGCUCAUCGUGGGAGACCAUCUUCAGUAAGAGCAGCGAGGUGGUUUCACCCCAGGAGCUGCAGUGCUGCCGCCGCCUGGUCCAGCUGUGCCGAGACUGCCUGUUGGUCGUCUACAAGUUUGUCUCAGAGUCCCGUGGCUCUUUGACCGGACUCAGCCCCGAAUGGGACGACACCAGCUUUCCAUUCGCUGCUGGACCAGCCUCUACCCAUGGCUCCACCCCUGCUGCUGUCGCUGCCGCUUCUUCCUCCUCUUCCUCCGUCUCUUCGCCCCUCGACGCAGGUCUCUGCUUGGUUUAGUUCCGCUAAACCCCCCAUCUUCCAGCACCGUCCCUGCUCCCCGCUUUUAGCUGAGCUGUAACAAAGGCUUGGUCCCACCUGCCCGCUGAUGGUUGCUUGGCUGCACAACCAACAGUCUAGCAUGGCCUCCUCUCCUUUCCCUCACUAAUACUUAAAUAAGUUAUGUUUGGAUUGAGGUACUCAGCAUGAGAAUCGGAUAUGUUUCAAAUAACUGAUGUCUAAAACUGUAAAUAAUGUAUCUGAAAGGAAGGAGACAGGAGAAGGAAGCAUUUUAAGACUGUUUGGAGCACUGUUUGUCCACACCGCAACCAGUCGGCCAGCUUGCUGCACAUCACCAGCCGAUCACCCCGCUGCCUCAUGCUUAACUAUGCUCUUUCACUCAACGCUUUUAUCAAGAGCAUCCUACCCCCGAGUGCAUUUUCAGUACGAGUGGCCUCAGUGGGGAGCUGAGCACCUCACCUGCACCGCAUCAGCGCCACGAUCAACCUAAGCACCACUCUCUUCUUGUCACAAGAAGACAGAGAAUGGCUCGGCUUGCAUCGUGUGGUUUGCAGUUUCACCACACAAACGGUUCACAUCUCUCCAUCAGGCAUGCAGGGAACAGUCACAACCCGCCGCCACUUCAGAUAGAAGAGAAGCAAUUAGGAUUAUUUUCUCAUUGAUGCAUAAGCUUUCUAUGAGAGGGUAAAUUGUGUGUGUAUGAGAGUGUGUGCGUGUGCAUGCACAAGUCAUGUGACUGUUACGCAACGAUCAUUUGUCCCCCCUCAGUGUUUCACACUCGAACUAAACUCGAACUAUUUUUGUCGAGCUGUGUCCACAUCCAGCUAACAUGUACUGUACAUUUAAAGGAUAGAAUCUGUUUGCUCACAUACUCACAUGCCCGUAUGUACAUUGAAACCACAUAUUAGCUUAACUUCUGCUAAACUUUGUAAUGUCUUUUUACAUGGAAAGAGGAUUGUGGAUUUUGUCCUCCAUAUCUCACAUUAGAGUCACAUUAGGUCCUGAUCAGACAGAACAACACACGGCACACCACACUAUUUUUUUUUUGUUGUUGUUGAAGCCUGCCCUGAUCAGACAAAAUGCUUUUAAAAGCUUGCUGCCUCUUGUUUGUAAUUGUUGCUAGGCAACCACCAAACAUCCUGUCCUUAGCUUAACUGCUAUUUUGCUGUUCAGUAAACUCACACAUCUGUAACUUAAAAUUUGCAUAAAAAUGGACAGAUGGAGGGAAUUUGCUGAGUGAGUGAUAGGAAGAGGUUGUUUCCAAAUAUCACAUUGGUCACAGGAAACAGAGAUUAAUGUGGGUAUAUGAGACCCUCAAAUAGAGGAGAAAUCACAGGGGAUACCACCAGGUGGUUCAGGAGCUUUGCCUAGAUGACGUCAGCCCAAGGCUUAUUUCAGGAUGAUUUGGGGACAGUUCCACAAUAUGCUGUUGAUCAUCAGGCCUAAUUACAGUUGGUUUAAUGUUAGAAAGUAAUAGAGGUUUCAAAUUUGUUCAGACAUGUCUUACAGCUGGUGAUGCUUAGACAAUGCUUCACACAAACCAUGUAGGCUAAUACUUGCUGUCAUCGCCACCACAAAAGGCCCUACUCUCAAUUCAUUUGGACAAUGGGACAAAAUGCCAAUGACGUCAGGUGCUCCUGCAAAAACAUGAGGUACACAAAGCAUAAAAACAUGUCAAUCAUGAGAGACAGAAGAAUGAAGUAUUGGUAAUAUUUAAUACAGAAUAUUAAUGUACAGAUCAACAGAUGAUUUGUGCUGAUUAACAGAAAUCUUUGGUGCUUGGACACCAGAGGGAGAUAUUUUGUGAUUGAAGGACAUCUUAGCAGCAGCAGGAUGUCCAGACUCUGGUGGUGGUGGUGGCUGCUGACUCUGAGGCUGAUGGCUGAUGAGGCAGAUGAGGCUGAUGAAUCCGAAAAGAAUAGGUGAGUACGCAUGAUGGCAGCAAGAAAAAACAACGGCAGAGAAAGAACCAUAUUUAAAAGGAGGAGCGGUAAGAUGAUAGGCUGACAGAGGUGUGUCACUGUACUAUCAAUUGAUUGUGAAUCAGCUGAUGAUUCAAGUGACCUAUCCAGACAAUGUCACGUAGGAGUGAAUGGGAGGUAGAGAAAGAAACUGAGCAUGAAAAGUAUCGUCUUCCUGGCUGAACUUUUGCCAGAGCUUCAUGAGGCAAUCAGCAACGCAAAAGCAGCAGGCGGAACUCUUCACUGAGAUUAGAAACAAUUACAAAAAGUCACCCCAGGCUGCUAAAACGCGCUCUGUUUCACUGGGGCCAAAGUUAGGACACCAGUAAUAACUACUGCAACUUUCAGUGCACAUAUGGGCAUGUGAGGAAAAAGUGUGAACCCAUCCUUCAAUGCAAACUUGUUAAUAAAUGAUUAAAUAAUAAAAGAUAAUUAGGUUUAUUUUAUCUGGUCAAUGUCACCACUUCACUGAACUAAGCUGAAUGUCACACAGAAACCAGUGGAGAAACAGUGGUUCAGGAAGUGAUUCCUAUUAGAUGAGUUGUUUUAAUCCACAGAGGAAAUUUAAGAAAUGUGAAAUAUCCUAAUGCACCAGCUCCUGUCUAGCUGUGUUUGAGAACGCAACCAUUAUUGACACCUGCAUACAAUAUAUGACAUCUCUUAAAGGCUGAAGUGGAAAGUUAUUUUACAGUUUCCAGUACAAUAUGUAAUCAUACACAUAAACUGCUUCUCUGGAAGACAAGUCUGGAAAUCCUCCACAUUCUGACUACUUGAACUUCUUCACUCAUUGAAUUCAAGGAUAAUAUAUGCAGGGAAAUGUACACACACAUACAUGACACAUACACUCGCAGAGCUCUUGGCAGCCUUUGGCACACGUCACAGUGGGUCUGUUGGCUUGGGUCUUUGGGGUCUCCAUUGUUGACCACACCUGCCCGCUCUUGUUCAAGUAUCGCUCCUCUGCUGAGUGCCCUGAUCAGGUGUGUCAACAGCCCCCUGGGUCUUAGCAAAGUCCUUCAGUUUGCGUGGGCAGAUGAGAGGAAGUAGCCAAAUAGCUCCGCUAAUGACUUUCUUGUAAAGCCUGAAAUUACUGUCACUACCCAAAGACAAUUUUCCCAUGAUGACAAAAGUUUCAGAUUCUAUUAACUUUCAUCUGUCUGAAAAGUGUGGCAGUAAUUAGGGUUAAUUGGGGUGUUGAGCUGAAUGUGGGCUGCAGAUAACCUUCAAGCCUCUUUGUACCUCUUGGUUUAUGAUUGCGUCAGCUAUUGUGGCAGUCUUCCUCUCUAUCCUUAGUCAUGGUAUUUCGUCUUGUCUGGCCUCCUCUUAAUUCGCCGUGGCAGUUGCAUCUCGAUGGAGGACUUACGAGUCACAUGGAAGGCCUGUCAGUAGGAACAGAGGUAGAUUGUAGCUUUGCAUGUAAGGAGCGGGGCAGGAGAGUAUCUUUCUGUCUCCCUGUCAACUGAUGGAUUGAAACGAAGCAGAGUGCAAAGUGCAUGAACAAGCCUCCCUCUGGCUUUUAAGCAUGCACGUUGUUGCCAAGACCGUCUUCAUGAUCAAAAGGAGGACGAACCUGGAAGAUACCGAAUGAGAGUCCAAUUAAAUAUAGCCUGCAGAGACAGCGGCCGCUCGGACGUGAGAAGCCCUCCCACCCCACCCCUUGCCACUACCAGCGCCGUGAUGCUUUCUAUGAGCAGAAUAUUCUCAAAGUGAAUAGCAGAGGAUCUCUGAAGAACACACACUCGGGCCCCCAAUGAAUGUUCAAUAUUUGAUUAUCUUUUUUCUCUCCUUUUUUUUUUUCCUGACUGCCAUUUCCAUGCCGGGGCUUGGGGUUUUCAGUGGAAGCCUUAUGGAAAUGGAGGAGAGAAAGUGAAAAAAAAAAAAAAAAAAAAAAAUCACACCACAAAUCCAUGAACAGAAUCCCAAUGGAUGAAUAGAAUAAAAGAAGGUGAAGGUGGAAUAAGGUGCCAAGCAGAGGGAGGAGAAACAUAAGAAAUGAAUCCAAGGGUGACACAAAAUCAUGGUAUGGAAUCACUCAUGUCACCUCGGAGACUGCACUUAGAAGCAAAUGUGAAAAGCUUAAAGUACAGUAUAUCCUGCCCUCCUGUUCUCUUGGGUUUGAGUGAAAGGAGUUUAAGAAGAAGUGCCGGACUGAGCUCUUGUUCACCAAGUCCAGUCAGAGCCGAAGAUGUGCUGGAGGGAUACCUUCGGCCCACUUGAAGCUGCUUCAAGGACACUCCCGUUGGACUAAAUGAAGUUAAUUUGAAUCCCUUCUUACUCUCCUGAGUCUGGGGCUGUGUUGAAGCGGACGCCCUCAGCGACAUGUGCUUUUUCCGGUCGACUUUAGAAGAAACUGCUCGGCUAAUUUGUCCAAGAGCUAUUUCACAAGGAGAGAGAGCUGUCAGAGAAAAAGUAUGCUAUCUCUGCACCAGCUUAAAAGAAGAUAUUAUUUCUUCACUCUGUAAUCCUCGGCCCCAGUGGCUCCCUUUUGAUUAGAUUGUCACAUCUUAAACACUUCCACAGGGAAUAUUUCUUUUGUCCAUUGUACUCGUUUAACUAAACGAGUAUUAGAUGUAUUUUUUAUUAGCUCAAGAUCAUUGCUGCAGAUGUGGCAUUAAGGUCACAUAAUGUAUAAGAUCAUGAUAUGACAAGUGUUCAGCGAAAGCCCAUAAAUGUGAGUCAUUCUUCCAACUACACAGUCUGGAAGAAUAUAGACUUCCCCCUGUCUCAUGUCUUUCCGAACAGUACCCCAACAUUUGCAUAACCUUCAGUUAACCUUGUCCAGGAUUUGAUCAUCUCAUCUGACAUUGCUCUGACAACCAUAUCUGACUCAUUUCCAGUAGCUAAGGAAGAUGGGAGCAGGGUUCAGCCCCUCCUGACUCUUAUCUCAACCUGACGCUGGUCUCAUUCUCAGGUACUGGAACGCUGUUAGCAGGAGCUGCCUCACUGCUCUGUCUCGGUGGAAGGUGUCAUAGAAAAGUCUU